GGACCGGCCUGUCGGUUAGAGCGGAACCGGAUUCAGCCUGCUGGGAGCGCGCGGACCUGCGGGCCCCGCCCCGGCCCGGCCUGGCAGGUCUCCUUGGGCAAGGAAGGGAUGAUGUGCUUGAACCCAGCUCGCUCUCUUUGGAGAUUGCAGUGCCACCUGGUAGCAGAGACAGCAGGGCAGGCUGGCCGUGCUGUGCGGGCAUGUGUCGGUAGCCACAUCAGAGGGGAAUGUUACGGUGGACAGUGCACCUGGAGGGCGGGCCCCGCAGGGUGAAUCACGCAGCAGUGGCUGUGGGGCACCGGGUGUAUUCCUUUGGAGGGUACUGCUCUGGAGAAGACUAUGAGACAUUGCGCCAGAUUGAUGUGCAUGUUUUCAAUGCAGUGUCUCUGCGUUGGACAAAGCUACCCCCAAUGCGGUCCGCCGGACAGGCUGGGGAAGUGCCCUACAUGCGUUAUGGACAUUCAGCCGUCCUCAUUGAUGACACUGUUUACCUCUGGGGUGGACGAAAUGACACAGAAGGAGCCUGCAAUGUGCUCUAUGGCUUUGACAUCAAUACUCACAAGUGGUUCACACCUAAGGUAUCUGGAACAGUGCCUGGGGCCCGAGAUGGACAUUCAGCCUGUGUCCUGGGCAAGAACAUGUAUGUCUUCGGGGGCUACGAGCAGCUGGCUGACUGCUUUUCCAAUGAUAUCCACAAGUUGGAUACCAGCAGCAUGACAUGGACCCUCAUUUCUGCAAAGGGCACUCCUGCAAGGUGGCGGGACUUCCACUCAGCAACAAUGUUGGGAAGCCAAAUGUAUGUUUUUGGGGGUCGAGCUGACCGAUUUGGACCCUUUCACUCCAAUAAUGAAAUCUAUUGCAACCGAAUACGUAUCUUUGACACGAGGGCUGAGGCCUGGCUGGAGUGUCCACCUACCCCAUUGUUACCUGAGGGCCGAAGAAGCCACUCUGCCUUUGGGUACAAUGGGGAGCUGUAUAUAUUUGGGGGCUACAACGCCAGACUAAAUCGGCAUUUUCAUGACCUCUGGAAGUUCAACCCAGUGUCCUUCUCUUGGAAGAAGAUUGAGCCUAAGGGAAAGGGGCCAUGCCCCCGCCGGCGCCAGUGCUGUUGCAUCGUGGGAGACAAGAUUGUCCUCUUUGGGGGCACUAGUCCUUCUCCUGAGGAAGGCCUAGGAGAUGAGUUUGACCUCAUGGACCACUCCGACCUACACAUUCUAGACUUUAAUCUGGCCACCAUGUCCUUUGAGGAGCUGUUGGAGCUUCAGAACCGAGUGGGGACCAAAAUGUACCGACAACUGACGGCGGGGCCCCGUGCUGAGGAUCAGCUGCGGAGGGUAGCUCCCACCCGUGCCCGGGGGGCUGCAGAGAAACAAAGACCCCUGGAAAUGUCUUCAAAGACACGAGUGCCUUUUUUGCGUCAGGUUGUCCCUGUCAGGAAGAAGGUGGCCCGGGACCCUCGAUUUGAUGACCUGUCAGGGGAGUACAAUCCUGAAGUGUUUGAGAAGACAUACAGAUUUCUGAAUGAAUAUCGUGCAAAGGAGAAGGAGCUGGUGGCAAAGCAUCUAAAGAAGAGCAAGCCAGGAGAAGAACAGGAAAAGCUGAAGCAACUACUCCAUCGAAUGGACCAGCAGGAGGUGGCCCAGCAGGAGCAGCAGCGGCAGCAAGAGCAGCGGCUGGCCCUGAAACAGGAACAGAGAGCUCAGGCCCAACAGGGCCAUCGGCCCUUCUUCUUGAAGAAAUCUGAACAGAAGCAGCUAGCACUGGCUGAGAAAUAUAAGAAGCUAAAGCGAAGCCAGAAGUUGGAGAGUUUCUUGAGCAGAAAGAGGCGCCGAAAUGCUGGAAAAGACCGAAGACGGCUGCCCGUGGGCAAGGACUAAAGGGGGCCUGGUCUUCUCCAGGUCCUUCCCCUCUAGGGCAGUAUCUGUGGAGGCUGUUCUGGUGUGGACUUAGUGCUUUGUGUUUCUAUUCCAAUACCCUUGGAUAAGGACUUCAGGCCUUGGGGCAUCAAGAUAGUGGAUGGAUCUGGUUGCAGCAGCCACAGUGCUGCUGUUGUAAAGCUGGGGUCUCAGGGUUACUGUGACAAAAAGAAAAAGGAAAAUUCUCAAGACUAAUCAUCAUAAUCUGGUUCCCUGUGGAUUCCUCAGAUCAAACCUGGCUCCCUUUUUCCUCAAGGAAGGAAGUGCCUUUUUAAGGGGGCAGCUUUGGUGCAGAAAGGACUGUUGGGAAGGGCUGAAGUGGGUGAGGAUCCUGGAGAGGCCAUUAAGUGCCCCCUGGGCCAGGGCUUAAGGGAAAGCUCAUGAAUUCUAUUACUGCACUUGGUGCUAGAGUGCUGUAAACAUUUCCAUAAAUACUUGGGCACA